AAGCAGAGGCAGCAGCCGGCAGGCAGCGUGGCUCCUGGCUCCGGGGAAAAGCAAAGCGAGUUGGAGGGAGCCUGACAGAGCAGACCGAGGAUCAGGAUCCAGCUGAGCUAAACUCAGCUGGGGUUACAAGCUCAAGGCAGGAGUUUAGACGCUCUCAAGAGCUCGUCUCUGCUCCCUUGGCUCGGCUGACCCUACCAUGUGGAAUCUGCCCCUCCGGGUCAGGACUAGCGUUUUAAAAUAAGAUGGAUGAUUUGACGUUACUUGAUCUCCUGGAGUGCCCCGUGUGCUUGGAAAAGCUCGAUGUCACAGCCAAAGUCCUCCCUUGCCAGCACACCUUCUGCAAACCAUGUCUCCAGAGGAUCUCCAAGGCCCACAAGGGGCUGCGCUGCCCCGAAUGCAGAACCCUGGUGUUUGGCAGCAUCGAGGCGCUGCCGGCCAACCUGCUGCUCGUGCGCCUUCUGGACGGCGUGCGCUCGGGGCCGAGCUCCGGGAGAGGGGGCUCCUUCCGCAGGCCUGGCGUGCUGGCCUUGCAGGACGGCAGGAAGAGCAGGACUCACCCCAGAGGUCUGCAGGCCAGCCCGUUCCGACUCGUGCCCAACAUCAGAAUCCACAUGGAUGGGGUGCCUCGAGCAAAGGCCUUAUGCAACUACCGAGGGCAGAAUCCCGGUGACCUGAGGUUUAAUAAGGGCGAUGUCAUUCUCCUUCGGAGACAGCUGGACGAGAACUGGUACCAGGGGGAGAUCAAUGGAGUCAGUGGGUUCUUCCCGGCCAGCUCUGUGGAGGUCAUCAAGCAGCUGCCCCAGCCACCCCCACUUUGCCGGGCCCUCUACAACUUCGACCUACGAAAUAAGGACAAGAAUGACAACCAGGACUGCCUGACCUUCCUCAAGGAUGAUAUCAUCACUGUGAUCAGCCGAGUGGAUGAGAACUGGGCAGAAGGGAAGUUAGGAGACAAAAUCGGCAUCUUCCCAAUCUUGUUUGUUGAGCCAAACCUCACCGCGAGACACCUGCUAGAGAAGAACAAAGGCCGCCACCCGUCCCGCACAAAAAGCCUGUCCCUGGUGUCCUCCUCCAGAGGCAAAGCCACCAACACGCCCAGCCUCCGAAGGGGCCCUGGGUCCAGGAGGAAGGGGCCCGGGCAGCUCUCCAUCACGACAGCCUUGAAUACCCUCAACAGGAUGGUCCAUUCUCCCUCGGGGCGCCAUAUGGUGGAGAUCAGCACCCCAGUGCUUAUCAGCUCUAGCAACCCCUCUGUGAUCAGCCAGCACGUGGAGAAAGCAGAUGUUCUUCCCAGUUCUUUGGGACAGGUCAGCAUGUAUCACGCCACACCUGCCUCCCCAGGACAUUCCAUGGCCAUCGUCAGUCUGCCUGGCUCCCAGCAACACCUCUCAGCUAACAUGUUUGUAGCUCUACACUCCUACUCCGCCCAUGGACCCGAUGAGCUGGACCUGCAGAGGGGAGAAGGCAUCAGGGUCCUGGGGAAGUACCAGGACGGCUGGCUCAAGGGAGUCUCCUUGGUCACCGGGCGAGUGGGCAUCUUCCCCAACAACUACGUCAUCCCCAUUUUCAGAAAGACAUCUAGUUUUCCAGACCCCCGGAGCCCUGGUCUCUAUGCCACAUGGACAUUGUCGACCUCCUCUGUGUCCUCCCAAGGCAGCAUUUCAGAAGGUGAUCCCCGACAAAGCCGCCCCUUCAAGUCCGUCUUUGUGCCCACGGCCAUAGUCAACCCCGUGCGGAGCACAGCCAGCCUGGGCACUUCAGGACAGAGCACUCUCCGGAAAGGACGGGGCAGCAUGAGAAAGAGUAAGUGGUGGCAGAGAAGUAUGUGCCUAGAGCUAAGUGACUGGUGGGGGGCGCGGGGGCAGCGGGGGAGGAAGAGAUUGACCUCGGUGGACAGAGUGCUUCCUGCAAAAACAAGGAUCUUGGCUUUAAAACAAGCCUCAGUGGAAGGUUUUUUUAUGAUUCCCAAUGUGCGUGCGGUCAGAUUGAGAAAGCACUUAACUAUUCUGGGAUAUCAGGUCGUCCGGCCUCAGCAGUUCCAGUUCCACCAGCCACAGGCGGUCCCCUCCUCACCCUUGAUGGUGGUGGCGGAGAUGGGACCCAAGCCGACUCCCACGGGGGAGCCUGCCCUCACGUGCAUCAGCAGAGGCAGUGAGUCCAGGAUCCACUCAACCGCCAGCUCCAUCAUCAUGGAAGGCAAGGAAAUCCCCAUCAAGAGCGAGCCUCCACUCAAACCGCCUGCAUCUGCCCCACCAUCCAUCCUGGUGAAGCCAGAAAACUCCAGAAACAGCAGCGAAAAGCAAGUCAAGACCGUGAGAUUUCAGAAUUACAGCCCUCCUCCCACCAAACACAGCACCUCCGGGAAGCCUGAACAUCCCACCACCCCUAAGGGGUCCCAGCCUGAAGCCACCCCCUUGGGCCCGGAGAUGACCAUCCUAUUCGCCCACCGCAGCGGCUGCCAUUCCGGACAGCAGACAGACCCCCGGAGGAAGUCAGCUUUCAGCAAGACCGCGGCCCCAGUGUCCUCCGCCUCCGCCACACAGACCAUGUUUCCCAGCAAAUGAAUCUACGGGUGGCUUUUCCUAGACCCCAAAGAGGUGAAUUGCAUUUAAAUACAGUCUGCCUCCACA